UAUAACAACCAUAUAUUGCAUAUAACUUGGAAGCUGUUUCAUUCAUUCGAAAUCUAGCGUGUUCGAUUGUUGUUCGAUUUCUUCUUGCGAUGCUGGACGAUUCUCUUGAGCGCAGUUUCGCGCCCCGCAGGCACUCAAACCUGUCCGAUUUGGAGAAAAACUGUAGUCAGAUUUUUGUGAAAGCGCCCGCCAUUACGAGGGAGUUUUUCGAAAAAAUUAACAAUGACGUUGUGCCGCAAAAAACCGCCUUCUUUGGCUAUCAGAUGAACACCCGAAGAGUUAUAGUCCUGACCGGUCUGAUGCUGCUUUUCACGUUCAGCGCAAUGGGAACAGUCACCAUGUGGUUCACCAACAUGUUCCAGAAACGCAUCGAGUCGAUGAUGGUUCUGUCGGAGGACGCGCCAACUUACGAAAUGUGGAAAAAGCCGCCAGUUCACCCGCCAGUCAAAAUCUACAUCUUCAACUACACGAACGUGGAGGACUUCGAGAUGGGCAGGGCGAAGAAGUUGCACGUUGAAGAGCUGGGCCCCUACGUGUACUUUGAGGAAAUGGAGCGGGUCAAUGUGCGGUUCAGCAAAGUGGACGGCACCGUAUCGUACCAGGAGAAGAGGAGUUAUCGAUUCAGCCCUGAGCUCUCCAAAGGGUCCAAGGACGAUGUGGUGAUCGUCCCCAACGUGCCUCUAUUGGCUGGCGCUGCCAUCGUCCAGCAGUUCAACUUCAUCAUGAGGCUCGGUUACCAAGGGAUCAUCAACGCUCUGUCCGAGAGCGCCUUCACUGCCCAAACCGCCCACAAUUUCAUUAUCGGAUACGACGAUCGUCUCUACGAACUCGCCAAGAGUUACUUGAAGUACGAGGAUAAACCAGUUUUUGAGAACUUUGGGAUUUUGGUUUGGAAGAAAGGCAUCCGACCGGAUGUGUUCACAUUGAACACUGGGGCGCACGACAUCAACAAACUGGGCCAAGUGGAGAAAUUCAACGGCCAAACUCACUACGAAAUGUGGGGCUCGGAGAGCUGCAAUAAUCUUCAGGGCUCCGACGGUUUGAUCUAUCGUCAAGACCUUGUUCGGGCCAGAAAGGACCUGGACGUGUUUAUUCCGCAGAUGUGUCGCAAGCUUCCGAUGCGAUUCGCUGGGGAGGAACGGCUUCUGGAUAAAGUGCCAGUUUAUAGGUACAAAGUUCCUCUGGACGUAUUUGAUGCAGCGGAAAACGCGGACAAUCAGUGCUAUUGCGGCCAAAAUAGCGACUCAUGCCCACCCAAAGGAUUGUUCAAUGCCACUUCCUGCCUGUAUGGCGCCCCUCUGUUCUACUCGCACCCCCAUCUCUAUGGGGCUGAGCCCCGUCUAAUCGACGCAAUGACAGGGCUGAACCCGAACCCAGUGAUCAACGACACUUUUCUGGAUGUUCACCCCAAAUUCGGCAUGCUGAUUAGAGGCAAACUGAAGAUACAGAUCAACGUGCAGGUGAAGAAAAGUUUCGGACUCUCAGUGUUGAACGACUACCCUGACGGUCUGAUCUUGCCGAUGGUUUGGGUGGAUUACGGCAUUGACGAGAAACAACUGCCGGCGUCAGUGGUCGAGCUGAUUUACCAAAUAACGUUCACCAUCCGAAACUUGGAGUUGGGGCUGAAGUACGGAUGUUUGUUGGCCACCAUGGUGACCUUUACCUUCAUUCUGCUAGUGUUCAAAAAGCAUCAGAAGAGCCGAUCUCGCGUCAACAGCAUGAGGAGGCCGAUCACUAUCAGAGCCUGAAUCGUGCAACGAUCCGAUGGGACUCAUUGUUACAUUCUGUGAUAUUUUUAUAGCCUUUCCUAAAAGCCAUGCAUUUGCACUUGCUUGCUAAUGAAAUGGCUUUCCUUUCUUUGAUUAUAUUAAUCAAAGAAGCACCUGAAACGUUUACUGUAAAUUUGGAAACUUCCGCGAUGUUAAUUACAUUUGAAGUGUGUUUUGUAAAUUAUUUCGAAAGACUGACUUAGUACUAAGUGCGAUUGUUUGACCUUUUGUAGUGCCUAAAUCUAAUUAAACGGCUUAUUUUUUUGUUGCUA